CAUGCCAGACAACGGAGCCACAAAAACAGCAGCAACAGCAACAGCAACAGGAGCAGCAGCAGCAACAGCAACAGGAGCAACAGCAGCAGCAGCAACAGCAACAGCAGCAACAGCAACAGCAGCAGGAAGAAGCAGCAUUAGAUGAAUAUUUGCGUUGGAUAGACGAAGAAGGGGAGACAAAAGAGCAGCAAGUAGGGACUGUCUCUUCUCUGCAGCAACAGCAGCAAGUAUCUGCAGCACCUGCUGCUGCAGCAGCAGCAGCAGCAGCUCCGCCAGCAGCUGGAGUGGGGGCCCCGCUAUUAGAGAGCCCAACAGAUCAACUGCAGCAGCAGCAGCAGCAGCAGCAGCAGCAGCAGCAGCAAGAUGCCCAGCAGCAGCGGAUGCAGCAAAAUCGGCAGCAGCAGCAGCAGCAAGUUUUGCUGCACCUAACGAGUUGCUGCAACGAAGCGCUGCAGCUCGUAAGGAAGGCCCUUGCAUGCCCUCCCUUACAGGGAGUUUGCCGUUGCAGCAACAGCAACAGCAGCAGCAGCAGCAGCGGCAGCAGCAACAACAACAGCAACAGCAACAAUGCCGAGGGAUCGGACAACGAUGUAGAUGGCAGUGCUGCUGCUGCUGCUGCUGCUGCUGCUGCUGGGGGCUGUCCCGCGGACAGCAGCCGUAGCUCUUCAGCAGCAACAGCUGCUGCUGCUCCUGCUGCUGCUGCUGCUGCUGUUGUUUGCUGCGGUGUAUGCUCAGCACGAGCAUUAAGAGGAGAAUGGCUAAGAGCAUUAAGGGGAUGGAGACGAAUAGGGGAUGGAUUUGCUGCUGUGCUGCGGCCUGUCGUUGCUGCUGCUGCUGCUGCAGAAGCAGAGGGUAGGCCAUUUACAUUGUUUCUCAGCAGCAGCAGCAGCAGCAGCAGCAGCAGCAGCAACACCAAAGACAGUAGCAGUAGCAGCUGCAGCAGCAGCAGCAGCAGCAGCAGCGGGGAUAAGGAUGCCGAGCUGCAGACCCGACUCAGUUUUUGUUUACAGACUUUGCUGCAGCUUGCUGAAGCAGCAGGAGCAGCAGCAGCAGCAACAGCAGCAGCAGAAGGAGACACAGGUAACGAAGAGGAGGGGGCCCCCAGCAGCAGCACGGGGGCCCCCAGGGUAUCAGAAGAAUCAGCAAGAAAAGAGUUAAUAGAGGAUAUACAGGAGAUAGACUUAGAGGAAGUAGAAGCAGCAGCAGGAGGCACUGCAGCAGCAGCAGCAGCAGCACCAACAGCAGCAGCAGCAGCAGCAGCAGCAACCCCCCCAUGGGUGUUUGAACUAGAGGAGACACAAGAAGAGUGGGGUAGUUGGCUUUGCUGCUGCGAGGAGAUGCAGCAGCAGCAACUGCAGCAAGCAGAUGCAGCAAGAACAGCAGAAACAGCAGCAGCAGUACAAACCCAUUGGGUUGUGCAGCAACUACGGCAGCAGCAGCAGCAACAGCAACAGCAGCAGCAGCAGAAGCAGCAGCAGGUAAAUACUAUCUCUGAUGAAGAUAUAUGGGAUGCAGCAGAAGCAGCAGAAGCAGCAGAUGCAGCAGCAGCAGCAGCAGCAGCAGCAGCAGAUGAUGAUGAUGAUGAUGACAUUGUUUGCUUCAGCUGCAGCAGCGGCGAGGAAGACAAUAGUACACCCCAAUCAGCAACAACAGAAGCAACAGCAGCAACAGCAGCAGCAGCAGCAGCAGGAGAGAGGAGAGUGUCUGUUGUGCUGCUGUCUAGUGACUCUGAUUCUCCAGAAGACAGACAACAGCAGCAGCAGCGAGGGGUGAAGCAGCAGCAGCAGCAGCAGCAGACAGCAGCAGCAGCAGCAGCAGCAGCAGCAGGAACGUCUGCUGCUGCGGGUCAAGCAGCAGUCCCAGGUCGUGCUGCUGCAUCCCGCACGUCUGCUGCUGCUGCUGCUGCUGCAGCAGCAGCAGCAGCAGACAAGAAAUGGUACAGAACAGCAGCACAGCAGCUGCUUGCUCGUCGCCUAGGGGCCCUAGAUAGCAGCAGCGGGCGUAUCUUACCCCGCAGCAGCAGCAGCACCAUCAGCAUCAGCAGCAGCAGCAACAGCAGCAUGGUCAGCAGCAUUAGCAACAGCAGCAUAGGCAGCAACUUCUUUGGCUCCGCCUUUAGGAAGAAGAGACAUAUGGCGGGCUUUGGCAGCAGCAGCAGCAGCAGCAGCAGCAGCGGGGGAUCGGACCGCAGCAAGUUGCUGCAGGAGAUAAAAAGGGAGGUGCAGCGGGAAGCUGCUGCUGCUCCUCCUCUGCAUGCAGACAGAUACAGUUUGCGGAGCUCAACAGCAGCAGCAGCAGCAGCAGCAGGAGGCAAGCGUCAGCGUCCUGUUGAUUUAGCAGAAGAAGACGCAGCAGCAGCAGCAGCAGAGAAGGAGAGGAGCAGCAAACGAUGCCGCGAGAGAGCAGCAGCAGCUGCAGCAGCAGCAGCAGCAGGACCACCACCAGUAGAUGCACGUCCUACUGUACGUUUGCUGUCUCCUAAUUCUGCUGCUGCUGCUGCAGGAGUUGAUAGCUGCAGCAGCAGCAGCAGCAUAAGCAGGAGGGCCCCACAUACAUCACAAUCUCCGCAGCAGCAGCUGCUGCAGCAGGUGCUGCUGCUGCUGCAGUGGGAAAAGAGACGAUGGCAGCAGCAGCAGCAGCAAGCAGCAGAAAUUGCUCGCCCUGCUGUACUAAAGUUUUUAUUUACUUUAUUAGAGACAGAUAUAUUCUGUCUUGCUGCUAGUCCCCAAGAUAUGUCUCCUGCUGCAGCAGCAGCAGCAGCAGCAGCAGACAGCAGCAAACGUCUACAGCCACAAGUUGCUGCUCUUGCUGCUGUUGCUAAGGCACAUCCAUUGCCUCUAUGCUUCGAGUCCCUGCAGCAGCUGCAGCAGUAA